CGGUCACUGCUGGCAGCGGGGGGACACCGAGGGGACAAUGGGGACAUUGGGGACAGCGGGGCCCCUGCUCGUCCUCGUCCUGCUGGGGGCGCCCGGCCUGGCCGCAGGGGCCCUGGCCGAGCCCGAAAUCUGCUACGUGCUGGACGCGGUGCUCUUCCUCUACAGCCUCAUCCUCACCGGCCUCUACAUCCGCCUCAGGUUUGUGAAUUGGCGACUGCAGAGAGCGGCUGGGCAGAAGGAGGAAGAGGCCGUUUAUGCCGGUCUCAGCCCCGACCACCAGGAGACCUACGAGACCCUGCAGAUGAAGAGCUCCUGACCCCCGCGGGGAAAAUCGGGAAUUUUUACCCCUGGAAAUGGAAAAAUCGGUGUUUUUUACCCCUGGAAAUGGAAAAAUCGGAUUUUUUUACCCCGGAAAUAGAAAAUUUGGGAUUUUUUACCCCUGGAAAUGCCAGAUUUGGAUGGAAAAUUUGAAUUUUGCCCCCCCGGUUCCCUCCCGGUGCCCAAACCCACCUCCCCAGCCCUGCCAGAUUUUGAGACCCCAAAAUCCCACCAAAAUCCCAUUAAAAAACCCCAAAUCCACUCCAAAAUCAUAUAAAAAUCCCCCCAAAACCCACCAAAAUCCCUACCCCAAAACUCCCUCCACAAUUCACUGCAAAUUCCUCCAAUUUAUGAAUUAUUUUUAUUUCCUUCACAUAGAAAACGUUUUCUUACA